CACCGGCCACCUACAUCAGUGAUUGGAAAUCGGCACAACAAGGUUUGCUGAGUGUUAAGGCCUACGGUCUGGUGAAGGAUGCGAUCCUUACCUUGAUCAGCAAGUUACGGGAUUACUACAUUUUGACAGAGGUUCUUUAUCCAGGCAUCGACUUCACGGGGAUGUUCAAGUUUGCUACUACAAGGUUGUACGGUUCUUGCACUCUGUUCAAACUGCUCUUGUCCAUCAAGGCCACUCCGGCCCAGGCUGAUCAGGCUUCCACAGCUGCCAAAGACAGACCCCCAACACCUGCCGACGACGACUCAUCUGAAGAGGAGGACGAUGAAUCCCAGGAGGGAGCGGGUUCCCUGUCCGGACCAUUCACGAAGGUGACAAAGAAGAAGGUGAAGAAGAAGAAGAAGAAGUCGCUCAUUUCCGAUAACCUAGAGAAUCAUUUUCUCAAAGAUCUAUCCCCGGCACAACGCAAGCUGGCUGAAGCUACCGACCGCAAACUGAAGAACAAUAUUGAUCGCCAUAAGGCAGGACCACUCUUCCUGAUGAUCCUUCCUGGAGAAAUGGAAGACUCUUACAUCUUCGUUUGCCGCAAGAAGUACGCUGAUCGAGUCUUGGGUAAAUGGAUUCCCAAAUCUGAGAUCCAGGCGACGCGUCCACCUGCUCCAAACAAUGAGGUAUCUCCAGAUCGGUCCGAUUUCACCAUGCCACCAAAAAAGAGGAAAAGCAAGGAUACUUCCACGACUAAGAGGAGAGCUGAUAGGUCUAAGGCUGGUCUUAAGCCGCCCACUAAGUCAACUUGUGCCAGCACGUCUGUUCACUUUCAGCAGCCAAAGCAGCGCUCUUGGAACACGUCUCAGGUCCAGAUGGACACAACUCAGAUGGAAGGUGAUACUACGACAGCUGUGUCCCAGGACGAAAGCCUCUCAUCUCUGACAGCGGCAUCUCCGGGAGGUGUACACCCGGCCAUGAGAGGCCCCAGGUCGUCUGCCGCUAGGUCACGGCGAGCAGGCAGAAGAUCUCGAAUUAGUGGCCCGUCAAGUGUUGUUUCCCACGCUUCACUUGACGAAUAUUUACGCUCUCUGCCACCAGGAGACUGCCUUGGCGAUGACCAUCGCUGUCGCUCUUCACUCGCUACUCGCGUCACCUUCCAGAACGUUAACGGUGUUCCAGAGGAAGGUGAUCAUGUGAAACAGCGGCAGAUCAACUCCUGGCUGCAAGAUGAGCGAGUGGGAAUAGCGUUGUUGGCGGAGGCCAAAACGUUUUGGCCCUCUAUCCCAGAGGGUCAUGGGUGGAACGAUAGGAUGCGUCAAGCUACGAUGAAGGCAAAGCACAAAGGUUUUUACUCGGCUGUCGCUUAUAAUAAACAGCAGUCACGAUCUUCAGCAACUACAGCCUUUCAAUGGGGAGGAUGCAUUGCGACAGUACUUAGUCAGGUCUCGCACCGAGCUAAAGAAUCAGGGAGCGAUUCAACGGGGCUUGGACGGUGGGCUUAUGUUCGUCUUCAAGGGAAAAGGCUAAAGGCGCAGGGGGGUGAUGAUCCCUCCGGCUUGGUGCUAGACGUAAACGAGGCGGUCCGACGCCCGAUUUCACGUGAUCUAGUGGUUGUCUCGGCAUAUAGGCCAAACAGAGAAGGUACAAGGGAAUCGACCGUGUGGGCCCAACAAUGUCUAUACUUUAACUCUAUAAAAUGUAAGAUUGAUCCGCGCAAAGCAUUGGUCGAUGACCUGUGCAAGCAAAUUCAAAAAUGGAGGGACAAGGGUUGUGAAGUUUUGCUGGGGAUCGAUGCUAAUGAAGACCUUUUGGUCAACUCCCCGGACUCCAUACGACAGCGGUUUCCAACGUUCCCAUCAACGGAAUUUUUACCACUUCAGGUGUUCCGGUUCUGGCUGGUGGCUACUGGUGAAUUUGUUGAAGCAGACCACAGGGCACUAUGGAUUGAUAUCGACUUGAACACGGCUUUGGGCAAUUUCACACCCCAGGGGUCUACCUUUAAACCUCGGAAGCUCACUCUUUUGGAUAAGCGGUCGGUCAAACGCUAUCUUCAACUGGUUCACUUGGGAUACGAGGGGUAUGACAUCCCGUCCCGUCUCACCAAGCUCAAUCAGCGCAUUGAAUCCAAUGGACGACACAUGUCACCUCCACUGGCACGCAAAUAUAACUGCCUUCACCGGCAGAUGUAUAUGAUACGGCGGCAGGCUGAAGACAAUUGUCGCACUACCUCCUCUGGCAAGGUUCCUUGGUCUCCCAAAUUGCAGGGCUUCUGGGAUCGGUUGAGUCUCUGGAAGCUACUCCUUAAAGGACGCAAGCGAUGUCGUGUGAGCUCCCGAAAGGUCCGGCGCCUGAUGAAGAAGACAAGGCUGUGCACUGCGUGGAAGAAGACGACUGCUGAACUGGAAGUGGCAUUGGCAGCUGAACGAAGGGCAUACAAGCAAGCCAAACGUCAGGCAACCCAAUUGAGACGGGACUUUCUUACGGUUCAGACAACGGAUGCAAAGAAGAAGAAAUGGAAAUCCCAGAAGGCCCACAAUAGAUUCCUUCGGUUACGACGAAUGAAGCAACGAGAGGAGGCGAGACGCCGUCGUCGCGCCCAACAAAAAGGAUCUACAGGGGGUUUACGGGCUAUUCAGAUUGAAGAACAAUUACCAGACGGCACUCCACAGCUGCGUACUAUCACCGACCGUGCUCUGGUUGAAGAAGGUUGUAUGCAAGAAAACGCGGCACGGUACGACCAGACGCGUGCUCCAUAUAACACUCCACCUAUGGCGGAACCCUUGUAUACAGCAUUCACCGGCGCUCAGGCGGAAGCUAAUUCCAUGGCACUAUUGGAAGGCCGCUACUCCCUGCCCGACCUUCUCGACCCCGCCACUACAGCCUUCCUUUCACAUUGCCGUUUUUACAAGGAUCACGUAGGUAGCUUUGUCACCGUGAAUCUCGAUCUCGUCUGGAACCCACCCAUAGUAGUCCGUGCAAAGCUCUGCAGCCGAUUGCCAAGUUUAAAGGAUGGAUGA